GAAAACGUCAAAUUUUGCAUCGAGAGUGAGGUGAAAAAAUCUGUAACGUGUUAAAACGUGCUCGGGUGGCGUGAAAACCCGUGUUAAUUCAGUUUUAAUUUGUAUAAAAGUUGUGAAUAUUUCACAAGUUGGUACAAUUCGAGUGUGACAAAUCGUGCGUGAGACAUCCGGAUCAAAAUUACUCGGUUCGGAUCGUUAUCUGUGUGAAAUUCAGUUUGUCAUCUAUACCCGCUACCGCUGCUGCCGAAAUAGCCUUGAAACAGCUUCCGGGGAUUGGAGGAUCUCUUCGCCGGAAUCCGGAUUACGGUUUCAUUUGGUCAUGUUAGAAUGUCUGUCACAGCGGAUAAACGUCGUAUUUCAUCAAUUUUAAAACCCUACCCCAGUUUGGACGGUUCGAAGCUGAACGGCAGCUUAUCGCAGAAUAAGGUACAUUUCGAUGACCUCUCAGUGGAGUCUGUCCUGCAAGAUGCCCUGGAAAGCAAUCGACUGCAGCGCUUCGAACAUCUCCUGGCGGCCAUCAAGGAGGAACAGUUCGACGAUGGGAAGUUCCAGCAGGUCUUCAUCGAAUCGAAACGAAGCGUCUACAUGUUGAAUGCCAACUUUGGGAUGCUGGUCGAGGCUCUCCUGUCGGUAAACUGGGUAGUUCGAAGCGAAACGGCACGGGAAAUCUAUAUGGACUUUGUGAUAGAACUGCUGGUGGCUCACAGUAAUUAUACGUCGUUGGCCGUAUCGAAGCUGGUGCAACUGUUCGUGCCAAAGGAUGAAGAACGAACCGGUUGGAUUUACGGCGUUCCGAGUGAGGAUGUGCUGAAGGUGCUAUCGCCGAUUCAUGAAUUGAUCGAAAGACUGAAGAAUGUCAUUCCGAUGAUAUUUAAUGUAAUACUAGUGCAGUUGAGAAAGCAGUUUCCGUACUUCAAGAAGCCAAUGCAUGUAAUCUGUGGAUACCUACAUAAUGUAUUAUGGAUGACAGAACACUCGUCCAUGUUUUCCGAAGAGCUGUUGGAGAUCAUUUUUAACAGAUUGCUUACAAUCGAUGUAAAUACUCCGCGUAACGAAAUCGAGGAUGCUGAAUUUCCAGACGAUGAUCAGAUUUUCUCGAUGGAUGAGGAUCCAGCAGUGAUAGACGAAGAUGAUAAUGACGAUAUUAUCAUGAAGUUGCCGAUUGCGGAGACUCUGGAUUGUUGCAUGCAGAAAAUGUUCAAGUACAUCGAACAACGGGCAACGUCAGAAAAUACAAGCGAUGCCGAUAGGAUGUUCAAAAUUUUGCUAGCUUUGUUCGAUAAGCACAUUCUUCCUACGCACAAUACGCAUCAUGUACAGUUCUUAGUGUUUUAUAUCUGCAGUUUUAAGCAAUCGUACGUCGAAUAUUUUAUCACGUAUUUGUGGAAACAGGUGUGCAAUCCAAAUGUGUCGACUCCGAUGCGACAGGCUGCUGUGGGAUACAUUGCUAGCAUGCUGGCACGUGCAAAAUAUGUUCCUCUAGUUCUUUUGAAAUCUACCUUACAAGAAUUCUCCUACUGGGUGCAUAAUUACAUCCAACGGAUGGAUUCGAUGCAUUAUAAUCAAUCGUUGAAAGCGCACAUGGUGUUCUAUUCGGUGUGCCAGGCGAUCUUCUACGUGGUUGCAUUCCGCAGUAAGCAUCUUACGUCCAAUGCAAAAAAUCUCACUUUCCUACAAAGCCUGCAGCUGUCAUCCAUCGUUACCUGCCAUCUCAAUCCGUUGAGAGUUUGUCUACCGGCAGUGGCCACGGCGUUUGCGGGUGUAACCCGUGCUCACCAGCUGGCCUACUGUCACACGAUAUUGGAGAGAAAUGCACGCCGAAAGCUUGCAACCGUCUACAAGAACGAAUCCCAAACCCCAGAAGAAUGUCUAGACACGUUCUUCCCGUUCGAUCCGUACAUGCUUAAGAAAUCGGGCAAGCGGAUCGAACCAAUCUUCCUGCAAUAUCAAGCCUGCGAGGUAGACGAAGACCAGGGUAUCAAUUCCUCGGAAGCGAGGGGCCGCAAACGCUACGAAUCAACCUCGGAAGAUGUGGACGAUUUCAUUCUGGAGAGCAAACGACUGAAGAAUUGUCACGGCGGAGGCCAGGAAGCCGGAGAGUUACACUUUACAUAUUCUUACGGCGUGUCGCCCGGCUUCCAUAGCUAGAUGUGCGAAUAAAUCGGCUUUACUAUCACACGGUAUUGUACAUAGAUCAUUACCCCAUUACACACUUUUGUAUUAUAAUCGA